AUGCAUAUACAACCAAAGAAGAGCGCUUAUGAACGAUUAAUGAUACAGAUAUCCCUUCUCUUACCACAAAGAUUGAGGCCCAUCUUUUUACAUCCUGCAGGACCGACUACAGUAUUCUUUUGGGCACCCACAUUUAAAUGGGGCUUAGUGAUUGCAGGGCUAGGGGAUAUAAAUCGUCCACCAGAAACAGUUUCUCUCGGUCAAACCGCGAGUCUCAUGAUUACAGGUGCCAUAUGGUCCAGGUACUCGUUAGUUAUCACACCAAAGAACUACAAUUUGUUUAGUGUAAACGCGUUCACAGGCCUCACGGGGGCGUAUAAUUUUGUGCGAGGGGCAAGGCAUCAAUUGUCUACGUAUUCAGAAUGAUAUACACAAUUUAUUUAAUAAAAGAAUUUUUAUU